UGGGGGAGGAGGUACACCAGUACACAGGAGGAAAUGUCAUACUGGCUGCACUGGUCUGUCUGUUUACAGUACAUGGUGUGUGUCUGUCCUCUGUCUGCACACUAUGGGCAGGAAGGUGACCCUGGCUUCCUGUACAUUGAAUCAGUGGGCUCUGGACUUUGAUGGCAAUCUGCAGAGAAUAUUACAGAGUAUAAAGAUUGCCAAAGACAGAGGUGCUCGAUACCGGCUCGGUCCAGAAUUGGAAAUAUGUGGUUAUGGCUGUUCGGAUCACUUCUUCGAGUCCGAUACAAUCCUUCAUUCUUUCCAAGUCCUGGCGAAGCUGCUGGAGUCUCCAGUGACCACCGAUAUCAUCUGUGAUGUGGGCAUGCCGGUCAUGCACAAAAACGUCCGAUACAACUGCCGGGUGAUUUUCCUUAACAAGAAAAUUCUGCUUAUCCGACCAAAAAUGGUUAUGGCGAAUGCUGGAAAUUACCGGGAGCUGCGCUGGUUUACACCAUGGAAUAAACUGAGAGAAGUUGAAGAUCACUUCCUUCCAAGAACCAUUCAGGAAAUCACAGGGCAGGGCACAGUACCAUUUGGUGAUGCAGUUCUAGCAACUAAAGACACCUGCCUAGGAUCAGAAAUCUGUGAAGAGUUGUGGGCACCAAAUAGCCCUCACAUUGAUAUGGGCCUGGACGGGGUAGAGAUAUUUACCAAUGCUUCGGGAAGUCAUCAUGAGCUGAGAAAAGCCCACUUACGUGUCGAUCUCGUCAAAUCUACAACCACAAAAAAUGGUGGGAUCUACUUACUCUCCAAUCUCAGAGGCUGUGACAGUGACCGGCUCUACUUUGAUGGCUGUGCCAUGAUAUCCAUCAACGGAGACAUUGUUGCCCAAGGCGUUCAGUUUUCUUUACAAAAUGUGGAGGUUCUCACUGCCACAUUAGACUUGGAAGAUGUCCGUAGCUACAGGGCCCACACCUCCUCCCGGUGUAUAUCGGCCAGCAGAGUGACUCCAUUCCACAGAGUACAUGUGGACUUUUCCCUCUCCUCAUUUGAUGAUGUAUAUACUCUCACGUCUGAGCCAAUCCAAUGGAAGUAUCACAGCCCUGAGGAGGAAAUCGGUCUUGGACCAGCCUGUUGGCUUUGGGACUAUUUAAGACGUAGUAAACAGGGAGGGUUCCUUCUUCCUCUCAGUGGUGGGGUGGACAGCUCUGCUGUAGCCUGUAUUGUGUACUCUAUGUGCCGCCUCGUAUGCCAGGCUGUGGAUAUGGGAAAUGAAGAAGUGCUGCGUGAUGUACGUCAGAUGGUUGGCAAUGAAUCCUACGUGACUACGACUCCCAAUGAGCUCUGCAACCGUCUGUUGACCACUUGUUACAUGGCGACUGAGAAUUCCUCCGCUGAGACUCGAGAAAGAGCCAGCAUGCUGUCACAGGAAAUAGGCAGUUAUCACCUGACUCCAACCAUUGACACAGCUGUGAAGGCUGUUAUUGGCAUUUUUACUUCUGUGACCGGUAAAGUCCCCCAGUUUCGUGUUCAUGGUGGAAGCGGACAGGAGAAUUUGGCACUUCAGAAUGUCCAGGCCCGAUUAAGGAUGGUGAUUGCAUACUUGUUUGCUCAGCUCAGCCUCUGGACACGUGGUUUACCAGGAGGACUUCUGGUUCUUGGAUCAGCUAAUGUGGAUGAAAGCCUUCGAGGAUACCUGACAAAGUACGACUGCUCCAGUGCCGACAUUAACCCUAUUGGUGGGAUCAGUAAAACGGAUCUGAGAAGAUUCAUCGGCUAUGCUAUUGACACAUUUCAGCUCAGCGCACUGACAAGUAUACUGUCUGCCCCACCAACAGCAGAACUGGAGCCGCUCACAGAUGGACACGUAUCGCAGACCGAUGAGGAGGAUAUGGGAAUGACAUACGAUGAGCUCUCGGUCUAUGGAAAGCUGAGAAAAGUUGUGAAAACUGGACCGUACAGCAUGUUCUGUAAACUGCUUCUCAUAUGGAGGACGAUAUCACCUAGACAGGUAGCUGAGAAAGUGAAACAUUUCUUCAGGAUGUACUCCAUUAACCGGCACAAAAUGACAACCCUGACCCCGGCAUACCAUGCUGAGAGCUACAGCCCAGAUGAUAACCGGUUUGACCUCCGACCUUUCCUGUAUAAUGCAUCGUGGACGUGGCAGUUCCGCAGCAUCGAUGAACAGGUGUCUUCUCUUGAGGAAAGUAAAAUGGGAGACAUAUCUGAAGAGGUGGAUUGAAGAGAACCAGUUCCAUUCACCCCUUUCUUCUUCUUAUAAGACUAAAGAUUAGUACAACUUCAGACAAAACUUUAUUUUUCUAGUAGGGUGGGGGGUUGCAAUCCAUUUCAAAAUGUUAUUGUUAUUGGUACCCCCACUGCAGGAAUUUGACAUCUCUUACUCCUAGUGACUGUUGCCAUUGGGAGAAAAGGUGAUGGGAAAACCAAAAUGUAAGGGCAUGUGCACAUAGUGUGUUGAGGUAAGGGGCUCACAUUUGCCACAUCUUUUCUUGUCCAUUGAGGGACACUGGAAGUAUUUCACCUUUUUGGAUUAUACUGCCACCUACAGGAGAAUUUGACAUGGUCUUUUCUUCAGCUGCUGUGUUAAGACGUGCCUAUCUGAUACUACCCUUUUUUUGUAUUUGAUUUUUUUUCUCUUCAAUCAAGACCCUUCUCUAAAUUGCUUGCAUCUGGUGCAAUUAUCAUCAGCCUGGCUUUUGGAGUACCGUAUCUGGACCCUGCGGGACUGGAUGCAGAGAUAACUGGGAACUGACCUUCAGCACUGGGUUCCACGUGGGGCACUUUCCAGACUCCGCUUUGGUAAAUGUUAGCUUUCGAACACUAUCACGUCCAGGUUCAACAACAAACUGGACAGGUUUAUAUCCAGGAACAGAGAUCCAUUAUCUCUGUGGUUGCCAACAUUAAUCCAACAAUCUGCGGUGGAUGGCUUUUCAGAGGGUGACUGUGAGUUGAUAUGUCCAUGUUUUAACCUUAAAAAGCCCAAACCACCUUGCUUGUGUUGCAUUUAACAGGUGGUUUAAUUUUUACUGUGGCACACACACAGCCCUGAGCAGCUGCAUGUCCUUGAUUAGGUGGGUGGUUGAAGGGUGGUAAAAUUGUGCUGCUUUGUCUGCUUUACUUCCCCAUCGCCACUGCUCUGAAUGAACCCUUACGUAAAAUAGUUGUCAAAAUAACACACCAUUGACAUUUAAAUUAAAGCAGGUGUGAAAGGUAAAGAGAAUCCUGAAACAAUGACUUGUUGGGGGUACUUGAGAGCUGAGGUUCUGCUGGCUCCAUGGGGUCAAUCCACCUUGAUCUAUGCAGUUCUUACCUCUUCCUCAACUACUUCUUACAAUCAAGAUGGAGAGAAUUUCAGUGAUCAUCAUGGGCCAGAACGACCCAGGUGGAUGUGCUUCUCUGACCCAGUAAGACUGGGUGGACACAUUGUGGGCUCUUCCAUACCCCCUUGGAUCUUCUGUUACAAGGACUGAUCUACCAUCCUGAAAGACUUGUGUGCUGUAGACAGCAUUAUAACCCAAAAGGGAAAGACUUUUUGUGUCCCAAAUUAGAAAAAAAUUCAGUGAGUACAUUAAUCCAGUUUUUUUCAAUGCAGCGCACUACAAGAGUGUUGCUGUGUUCUUCGUAUGUGCCAUUUUAAAAUCAAUGGCCCUGCAACAGUAAUGUGCUGUAAAGGUAGCAUUUUACUGCAUGUUUCUGUAACACAGUAGUGUAAAUGGGUCACAAUAAGGACAUCUGUGGUGUACUUUCUGCUAUGUCUCUGGAACAGGAAGUGCAGGGAAAUCUCCCUAAUGGGGAUACAGGCAGAAUUUAAAA